UGCAAAACUGGUAAAGGAAUCGGUAAUCUUCAGUUAUAAAGUAACUGCGAGAGCGACGCGAGAGCAUUUGCCUAAGUUAUGUUGGCAAGGCAAAUUGACAUGUCUGAAAGUCUACCGCCUACCGCUGAUCGCAGUGCCCUGUCAUAGCAAGUGGGUGUAAGACACAAUUUCCCAAUGGCGACCUCCAUAGUUUCACUGAAGUGCUUGCUUUAGGGACAGUUUUAUACGAACUUUAGGUUAAGUGUGUAUUUAUUUGUGUUGCAGGAGCGUUUCUUAUAGAGCGAAUCAAGACACCGUAGCCACAAUGCCUGCAGUUAGGGGUGACGGUAUGCGGGGGCUAGCCGUUUUCAUCUCGGAUAUAAGAAACUGUAAAAGCAAAGAAGCAGAAAUCAAAAGAAUAAACAAAGAAUUAGCUAAUAUCAGGAGUAAAUUUAAAGGUGAUAAGACGUUAGAUGGUUACCAGAAGAAGAAAUAUGUUUGUAAAUUAUUGUUUAUAUUCCUACUGGGUCAUGAUAUUGACUUUGGCCAUAUGGAAGCAGUUAACCUGCUUUCAUCCAACAAAUACUCAGAAAAGCAAAUUGGUUAUCUCUUUAUAUCGGUCCUCGUAAACACCAACAGUGAUCUCAUCAAACUUAUUAUCCAGAGCAUCAAAAAUGAUCUUUCAUCAAGGAACCCAGUUCAUGUUAGUCUAGCACUGCAGUGCAUAGCAAAUAUUGGAAGCAAAGAAAUGGCUGAAGCAUUUGGUCAUGAGAUACCAAAACUUCUCGUUUCAGGAGAUACCAUGGAUGUCGUCAAGCAGUCUGCCGCCCUCUGCUUGCUGAGAUUAUUCCGCACAUCACAAGAGAUAAUCCCAAGUGGAGAGUGGACAUCAAGAAUAAUCCAUCUUCUAAAUGAUCAGCACAUGGGAGUUGUCACCGCAGCCACUAGUCUCAUUGAUGCUCUUGUCAAAAAGAAUCCUGAAGAAUACAAGGGUUGCAUUAGCCUGGCUGUUUCAAGACUCAGUCGGAUUGUUACUGCAAGCUAUACUGACCUGCAAGAUUACACAUACUACUUUGUUCCUGCUCCCUGGCUGUCGGUCAAGUUGCUUAGAUUACUACAGAAUUACCCUCCUCCAGAGGACCCUGGAGUACGUGGCCGCCUAAAUGAAUGUCUUGAGACAAUAUUGAACAAGGCACAAGAACCACCAAAAUCAAAGAAGGUGCAGCACUCAAAUGCAAAGAAUGCAGUGUUGUUUGAAGCUAUCAGUCUCAUUAUUCAUAAUGACACUGAACCAAAUCUUCUGGUUCGUGCAUGUAAUCAACUUGGUCAGUUCCUUUCAAACAGAGAAACAAACUUGAGGUAUCUUGCCUUGGAAUCAAUGUGCCUGCUUGCCACUUCUGAAUUUUCCCACGAGGCUGUUAAAAAGCACCAGGAAGUAGUAAUUUUAUCAAUGAAGAUGGAAAAGGAUGUAUCAGUGCGUCAGCAAGCAGUUGACCUGUUGUAUGCAAUGUGUGACAAGAGUAAUGCUGAAGAAAUAGUACAGGAAAUGCUAAACUACCUGGAGACUGCAGACUACUCAAUCAGGGAGGAAAUGGUUUUGAAGGUGGCUAUACUAGCAGAAAAAUAUGCUACGGAUUAUACGUGGUAUGUUGAUGUCAUACUCAAUCUUAUAAGGAUAGCUGGUGAUUAUGUUUCUGAAGAAGUCUGGUAUCGUGUCAUACAGAUCGUUAUUAAUAGGGAUGAUGUGCAGGGUUAUGCUGCCAAAACUGUUUUUGAGGCACUUCAAGCACCUGCUUGCCAUGAAAAUAUGGUAAAAGUUGGUGGAUACAUUCUUGGUGAAUUUGGAAAUCUGAUUGCUGGAGACCAACGCUCAUCACCCCUUGUCCAGUUUCAGUUACUGCAUUCUAAGUAUCAUCUCUGUUCACCAAUGACGAGAGCACUGUUGCUGUCAACAUACAUAAAGUUCGUGAAUCUCUUUCCUGAGAUAAAGCCACAAAUUCAGGAAGUCUUCAGGCAGCACAGUAAUCUCCGCAGUGCAGAUGCAGAACUGCAGCAACGGGCAUCAGAAUACCUCCAGCUGAGUAUAAUUGCAUCAACCGACGUUUUGGCAACAGUUUUAGAGGAGAUGCCAGCUUUCCCAGAGCGAGAAUCAUCCAUUCUUGCUGUUCUAAAGAAGAAAAAGCCAGGAAGGGUUCCUGAAAAUGAAGUUAGGGAAGGAAAAAGCCCUGCACCAACGGUUAAUAACCAUCAGCCUGAAACAACUCCGUCACAGCCUAAUACUACAAACAAUGCGUCAGCAGAUCUCCUGGGGCUUAGCACACCUCCAGCUUCUCAGCCUCCAGCGACGAGUUAUCUGUUAGAUGUCUUCGGAGAUAUGUACCCUCAAAACAAUGCCACCGUGAACAAUGUCACCCAGGCUGAGAGCAACGCUAAGAAGUUUGUGUGUAAAAAUAAUGGUGUCUUAUUUGAGAAUGACUUAAUACAAAUUGGAGUGAAAUCAGAAUUUAGACAAAAUCUUGGGAGAUUGGGGCUCUUCUAUGGAAAUAAAACGUCCUUCCCAUUACAGAGCUUUGUACCACGUCUUUCCAUAUCAGAUGAACUUGCACCAAAACUUAACCUUCAAGCAAAACCUGUGGAACCACCCAUCCUGGAAGCUGGUGCACAGAUACAGCAGAUGAUAAAUGUUGAAUGUGUGGAAGAUUUUAUAGAUGCCCCAAGUAUGAAUAUCACCUUCAUAUAUAACAAUGUACCCCAGAAGUUAACAAUAAAACUUCCACUAACAGUUAAUAAGUUCUUCGAACCAACUGAAAUGAAUGGUGAAUCAUUUUUUGCACGGUGGAAAAACCUUGGUGGUAACCAACAGAGGUCCCAAAAAAUUUUUAAAGCCUCUGCACCAAUGGAUCUGACAGCUGUUCGGACAAAGUUGGCGGGUUUUGGAAUGCAAUUACUCGAUGGAAUAGACCCCAAUCCUGAUAACUUUGUGUGUGCGGGUAUCGUCCAUACGCGGACGCAGCAAGUUGGAUGUUUGCUGAGGCUUGAGCCUAAUAAACAGGCUCAGAUGUACAGGUUGACAGUUCGUUCCAGUAAAGAUUCUGUUUCACAAGAAAUCUGUGACCUUCUGUCAGAACAGUUCUAGUCAAUUCACACUGGUGCUCUUGACAUAUGGGAUCAUGUUGGCGUUUGACCAGCAAGUGUAAUUCAGUAACAUACCAGUAUGUGUGAAAUGCAUAAGGUCUGUAGAUGGAGUCUUGCUUGCUUAUAUUUUUUGUAAUAUUGCAAGAAAUUUUGCAAGAGCUUUUAUGAAGUCUACUUUGGAAUUGCCUGUCCAGUGCCACACUGUUGGAAACAAGAUGAGGAAUUAUUGUUGCCAGGUGAUGUGCACAGAUUGAUUGGUAAAUGGAGGCAUAUAGCAAGUGGUAAAGCAAAUUUUUAAUGUAUGUCCGUGUGUUCCGAAGUACUAUUUGCAGAAGUAUCGUCCCUUCAUUUGCUAUGUGUGUAUGCAGUCCCUUUCCUCAAAUUUUCCCCACUUUGAAAGGCUGGUGGUUAGAAGCCCAGGUCAUCUAAGUUUUAAGCAAGUCCUUUUGGACAGGUUUGACUGUCAACAAUGCAUUUAGAUGGACGGAGCAUUCUGUUGGAAAGUAUGAGUUGUUUAAUUCAGAUGGCUUAGUGUAAUUAUAUUAAAAGUAGAGUUAAUGUGAAAAAUGUAUAUAUUUAUAUCAAUUUCCAAAUGUCGAACUGGUACUGUUGAAAUAUUUAUUUAUAGUGUUAUUGGCUUCCUACUUUUGUUACGUUUAUUCAUACUCAUUGUUGCUAUUGUUACACUAUUUUUAGUGUGUGUUAAAGAUCCCUGUACAGUUGCAGUUUAUUUUGGAUGCUGCUGCUAUAUAAAAAGACAUUUUUGUAUCUAUCAAUUUUUAUUGCCAAAAGAAGCUAUAUGAUCAGUUUGCACAUGCGAAAAUAAGAAUCUCUAAAUGAAAUUGUGUGUAUAACACAACUUGGAGUAAGUGUGUGUGAAAAGUUUUAAUGUGAUUCAAUUCAUAGUUUAACUUUUCAUACAGUUAACUUUUGAAAUUUGACAGGAACAAAUGCAAUGUUUGUAAAAACUUGUUUUUAUUUGGCUUGUUGUACCUGCUCUCUCUGUACUAGGAAAGGGCAUAUCCUACAAGAAUUUUAUUUCAUUCUGAGAGACAAUAAGUAAAUCAGUUUAUUUGACAGUGUUAUUUACUGUCAUCCUUGUAUGCCAUUAGUAAAAAAGAAAAUGUUCUUGUAUAUCUGAAACUUCAAAUUCAUUCUGAACGUUGUUAUCUCAUGGUAAAGAAAAAUUUACAUUUACUCAAUGUAUUUAUUAAAAAAGAAAUGACGCCAUGUGUGCGCAUUGGUUUUUCGCCUCGUGGUGCUGGAACUAAGUGGUAGCUCUCUGUGUGAUAGUGUGUGUGAUGUGUAUUUUGGUUGUAUCUUUACAUUUGUUCAAUUGUAAAGUUACGAGAAGACUUAUCAUACGAAAAUUCUCAUAUUUCUCAUUGUUCCACAUAUAGGACAAUUGUGUAGUUCAGAAUGUCAUUGUUUUGGUAGCUAAAGAGCAUUUAUUUUUAAGAUUUUGUAUAGUAAAAAGAAUUAUUAGAGAUAAUGUAUUCAGUCUGGUUGAAUACAAAAGCUCAGAAAAUUUUGACUUUGCUGUGUUGUGUAAAGAUAGUAUGUGAGAGAAGUGUGUACAUUAGUCAGUGGUAUCUGUAAUUUGGUUCAUUCAUUGAGAUUCAUUUGUGUGUAUAUGCAUUUCACAUCAUGUAUGAGAAUGUAUUGUGAAAUUAAACAGAUUGGCUGAUCAA